AUGGGCCCUGGAACCUGGCCGUUAGUGCACCUGGAUAACAAUCAAACCUUGGAAGCACGUCUUCUUGUGAGCGGCGGCACUUUCCCGUUCUUCAAAAUAUCGUGGGCAUACGACACGCACGGAGUGGUUGCUGCAAUGUGCCAUCCGCUGCGAAGCGCGUUCGAGCCACCACUCAAUGGUUUUUACCAACUUGGGCCCAUCGCAUUCUUGCCUCUAUCUCCUACUCCUCGCAGGUGUGGUCGACGUCUUGGAACCGCUGCUGUCCUCAACGCAUGCGAACCUUUCGUUCUUGCUCGAAUGAUCAACACUGUAGUUCAGCUCCUUGAAGCGUCUUUACAGUGUCUAUGGCCGGAUUCUGGAGUCCCAACAUUUCAGUAG